CUGAAAUCGAAAGUAUCUUUUUAGUCAGUCCAGGCUCCAUUUUGAGACACCACAACAAAAACACAAGGGAAGAUAAAACAAUUACGUCUAAGCGGUGAGAGGAGGAGGUCUAAGCCUCUGUAAUGAGUCUCUCUGAGGAGGGAGAGAAGGGCAAUGCCUCUAAAAUGAGUCUGUCUGUGGACAUAAAGAAGAGAAACCCUGCCGAUGAAAUGAAUCAUGACAGCGAAGCUAAGAUGCCAAAUGAGCAGAAGAGACCAGCCUCCCCUGUUCCCAGCUGUGUGUCCAUGAAGAGUGACAGGUCUAUGAAUCCUCCUUUAAAGUUCAGGGAGGAAGACUUUUCUACUGAACAAAGGCCAAAUCAGCAGGAGAGACCAGCCUCCCCUGUACCAAACUGUGUGUCCAUGGAGAGUGACUGGACUAUAGAUCCUACUUUAUACUUCAUAGAGGGAGACUUUUCCACUAAACAAAGGCCAAAUCAGCAGGAGAGACCAGCCUCCCCUGUACCAAACUGUGUGUCCAUGGAGAGUGACUGGACUAUAGAUCCUACUUUAUACUUCAUAGAGGGAGACUUUUCCACUAAACAAAGGCCAAAUCAGCAGGAGAGACCAGCCUCCCCUGUACCAAACUGUGUGUCCAUGGAGAGUGACUGGACUAUAGAUCCUACUUUAUACUUCAUAGAGGGAGACUUUUCCACUAAACAAAGGCCAAAUCAGCAGGAGAGACCAGCCUCCCCUGUACCAAACUGUGUGUCCAUGGAGAGUGACUGGACUAUAGAUCCUACUUUUUCUUUCAUAGAGGGAGACUUUUCUACUGAACAAAGGCCAAAUCAGCAGGAGAGACCAGCCUCCCCUGUACCCAGCUGUAUGUCCAUGAAGAGUAACUUGUCUAUGAAUCAGCCUUUAAACUUCAGGAAAGGAGACUUUUCUACUGAACAAAGGCCAAAUCAGCAGGAGAGACCAGCCUCCCCUGUACCAAACUGUGUGUCCAUGGAGAGUGACUGGACUAUAGAUCCUACUUUAUACUUCAUAGAGGGAGACUUUUCCACUGAACAAAGGCCAAAUCAGCAGGAGAGACCAGACUCCCCUGUACCAAACUGUGUGUCCAUGGAGAGUGACUGGACUAUAGAUCCUACUUUAUACUUCAUAGAGGGAGACUUUUCCACUAAACAAAGGCCAAAUCAGCAGGAGAGACCAGCCUCCCCUGUACCAAACUGUGUGUCCAUGAAGAGUAACAGGUCUAUGGGACGUCCUUACAACUUCCAAGAGGGAGACUUUUCUACUGAACAAAGAGAACAACAGGAGAGAUCAGAGUCUGAGAUUCUCAGUGGUCAAUCUGUCCAGAGUCAUCAAACAGACCUGUCCUCCAGAUACAGUUCUGAUGAGAAGCAGGAGAGCAGUGCCAAAGACAGGAAGAACAUGAACCAGAAGGAGCUUGCUGACACACUGGAGAAAAGUCAAACUCUUCUGAGGCUCCAACAUCAAAUGAAGACUAAACUGAAAAAGAAGUAUGAAAUGAUUUGUGAAGGAUCUGGACAGCAUGAAAACCAAACUCUAUUAAAGGACAUCUACACAGAGCUCUACAUCACAGAGGGUGGAAGUAAAGGAGUUAAUGAAGAACAUGAAGUCAGACAGAUCGAGAUGGCGUCCAAGAGACAAACCACACCAGCAACACCAAUCAAAUGCAAUGACAUCUUCAAGCCAAUUAAACAACAUCAGAAUAAAGGUGUGAGGAGAAACUUGACUAAAGGAAUCGCUGGCAUUGGAAAAACAGUCUCUGUGCAGAAGGUCAUCCUUGACUGGGCAGAGGAAAAAGCAAAUCAGGAUGUUCAUUUAAUAUUUCCUCUUCCUUUCCGUGACCUGAACCUGAAAAAGGACCAAUAUAGUCUGAUGCAACUUAUUUCCCACUACUUUCCAGAACUGCAAGAAAUUAACAGAAUUGAAGAUGGUUUAACCAAAACAUAUUUUAUUUUUGAUGGUCUGGAUGAGUGUCGACUUCCUCUAGACUUUAAAAACAAUAAGAAGUGCUGUGAUGUCACAGAACCAACCUCAGUGGACGUGUUGCUGACAAACCUUAUCGAGGGGAAUCUGCUUCCCUCUGCUCUCCUCUGGAUAACCACACGACCUGCAGCAGCCAAUCGGAUCCCUCCUGAGUGUGUUGACCAAGUCACAGAGAUACGAGGGUUCAAUGAGCCACAGAAAGAGGAGUACUUCAGGAAGAAAAUCACAGACCAGAAUCUGGCCAAUGAAAUCAUCAAGCACAUAAAAACAUGCAGAAGCCUCCACAUCAUGUGUCACAUACCAGUCUUCUGUUGGAUAUCAGCCACUGUCCUUGAGACGAUGCUGAAUGAAGCAAAGAAAGAAGAAAUUCCCAAAACUCUGACUCAGAUGUACGAACACUUCCUGCUCAUCCAAACCAGUAUGAAAAACAAAAAGUACAACAAAUCCACAGAAACAAAUCCAAAGGAACUGUCUCAGUCAGACAAAGACAUGAUCCUGAAGUUGUCAAAGCUGGCCUUCCAACAGCUUCAGAAGGGCAACCUGAUCUUCUAUGAGGAGGACCUGAGAGAGUGUGGCAUUGUGGUCUCAGAGGCAUCAGAGUACUCAGCACUGUGUACAGAGAUCUUUAAAGAAGAAUAUGGGCUUUACCAAGAGAAGGUCUUUAGCUUUGUUCAUCUGACCAUUCAGGAGUUCCUAGCAGCAGUACAUGUUCUAGAAUCUUGUCUUAGCAAGGAGGAACAUGUCUUCCCCCCCACUCAGAACCCAGAUUGGUAUUAUAAUGAGCAAAUGUUUACCUCAGACAGGAGAGCAGACAGGUUAUCUGACUUACACAGGAGAGCAGUAGACCAGGCCUUGAAGAGUAAGAAUGGACACCUGGACCUGUUCCUCCGCUUCCUUCUGGGUCUCUCACUGGAGUCCAAUCAGAAUCUCUUACAAGGGAUUCUGACACAGACAGGAAGUACAACACAGAGUAAUGAGGAAACAGUUAAGAGAACCGUUGAGUACCUUUCAGAUAUAAUCAUGAUAGAAUCCUCCCCAGAAAGGAUCAUCAACUUGUUCCACUGUCUGAAUGAACUUGGUGCCAACUCUCUAGUUGAAGACAUACAGACCUCCCUACGAUCAGGGACUCUUUCAGAAACAGAACUACAACCUCACCAAUGUUCAGCCCUGGCCUACCUGUUACUGAUGUCAGAGGAGGUACUGGAGGAGUUUGACAUGAAGACAUACAAGACAUCAAAGGAAGGUUAUCGGAGGUUGCUGCCGGUAGUGAAAACCUGUAAGAGAGCAAUACUGUCUAGUUGUGGAAUCACUGAGGAAGACUGUGCUUCUCUGGUCUCAGCUGUGAAGUCAAACCCCUCACAUCUGAAAGAACUGGAUCUGAGCUACAAUCAGCCAGAGGAUUCAGGAGUGAUUAAGCUCUCUGCUUUGAUGGAGGAUCCACAAUGUAGACUGGAGACUCUGAAACUGUCAGGUUGUGGAAUCACUGAGAAAGGUGGUGGUUCUCUGGUCUCAGCUCUGAAGUCAAACCCCUCACAUCUGAAAGAGCUGGAUCUGAGUAACAAUGUCCUUAAGGAUUCAGGAGUGAAGCUGCUCUCUGCUAUGUUGGAUGAUCCACAAUGUAGACUGGAGACUCUGAGACUGUCAGGCUGUCGGUUCAAAGAGGAAGGCUGUCGUUCUCUGGCAUCAACUCUGAAGUCAAACUCAUCAAACUUAAAAAAGCUGGAUCUGAGUGACAAUGACCUGGCAAAUGCAGGUGUACAAUUGCUCUUCAUUGGACUUGUGGAUCCAAACUGUAAACUGGAGUCAUUGAGGCUGUCAUUCUGUGGAGUCACAGAGGAAGGCUGUGAUUUGCUGGCCUCAGCUCUGAUGUCAAACUCCUGUCACCUAAGAGAGCUUGACCUGAGUAACAAUGACCUGGGGAAUUCAGGAGCAAAGUGUCUCUCUUCUGGACUGGGAAAUCCACAUUGUAAACUGGAAACACUGAGGUUGUCAGGUUGUCUGGUCACAGAGGAAGGCUGUGGUUCUCUGGUCUCUGGUCUCAAGUCCAACCCCUCACACAUGAAAGAGUUGGAUCUGAGCUACAAUCACCCAGGAGACUUGGGAGUCAGACUGCUCUCUGCUGGACUGAAAGAUCCACACUGGAGACUGGAGAAACUCAAUAUGGAUCAUGGUGGAGAGUGGAGGUUGAAAUCAAGACCGAAGAGAUAUGUCUGUGAUCUCACACUGGACCCAAUCACAGUAAACAGAUUCCUCCGUCUGUCUGAGGAGGACAGAAAGGUGACAAGGGGGACAGUGGUGCAGCCGUAUCCUGAUCACCCAGAGAGAUUUGAGUACAGGCCACAGGUGUUGUGUAGAGAGAGUCUGUCUGGACGCUGUUACUGGGAGGUAGAGUGGAGUGGGAGAGAGGCUGAUAUAGGAGUGACAUAUAAAGGAAUCAACAGGAGAGGAAGGGGUGAUGAUAGUUGUCUUGGAGACAAUGACAAAUCCUGGUGUCUGUACUGUGUUGGUAACAGUUACUCUGUCAGACACAAUAACAUGAUAACUGUCAUACCUGUCACCUCCUUAGACUCCCACAGAGUAGGAGUGUAUCUGGACUGGUCAGCCGGCACUCUGUCCUUCUACAGGGUCUCCUCUGACACACUGACCCACCUGUACACAUUCAACACCACAUUCACUGAGCCCCUCUAUCCAGGGUUUUAUGUUUAUAAUGACUCCUCAGUGUCUCUGUGUCACUCUAAUCAUGGUCAUGUUGAGUAAAUAUAUCAUCUGAUUGUAAAUAUUCCUGAUUAAACACAGCUGAAACCUGUAAA